CCGACAGGGGGGUAUAAAUUGGAUGGGGCUGCAGGCUGGGGACACUGCUUGCUAAGUUUCCACGGCGUCUACAUUUCGCCUUCGUGGUUCAAAGCGGGACCUGAACUCUGUGGCGACUCCAAACCAACCCUGGGUUAAGAAGACUUAGCCAUGACUUUAUUCAACGGGAUUGCUCCUUUUUACAUCCACGAACGAACCGCGUACGUCUUCGGCCUCACGCUGCUGGUGGUGAUUCUCGUCUUCCUGGUCCUCGCCGCGACUUUCCUCAUUAUUCUCCCCGGGAUCAGAGGGAGAGGGAGAAUCUAUUCGUUCUGCAGAGUCAUCCUAAGCCUGCUGGUUGGAGUGAUAAUUGUUGUGGUGAACUUUACCAGUGACUGGGAAGAGGGCCACGUCACAGUUAACACAACCUACAAGGCUUUCAGCAGUGAGAUGAUAACAGCAAGGGUGGGUCUCCAGAUUGGACUGGCAGGAAUCAACGUAACUCUGAAAGGUCUUCCUGUGAACCAGCUGAAUGAAACCAUCAACUACAAUGAAAACUUCCUGUGGAAAUUUGAGUUAAAUUACGAUGAGCAAAGUCACAAAGGACUCGAACGAGGGCUUCCAAAUCCGAUUUUGUAUAUUGCUGAGAAGUUUACUUCAAAGGCCCCUUGCCUCAUCAAUGUACAGUACCGAUUCUCUGGGCAUUAUGCAACAGCUAUGAUGUGGGUGGCUUUUUGUGCCUGGAUCAUCUCCAAUAUCCUCUUCUGCAUGUCAACAAUUGUCUACGGAGGCUACAUGACCCUGGUCACGUCUGCGUUCAUGAUCUUUGGCGUCAUCUCGUUUGCCACCACCCGCAACGUCCCUCAAUGCAUCAUUCAGUUUGGACCAGCCACACUGAGGACGAGUCUGAGCGUUUCCUUCUGGCUAACACUGGCGACUGCACUGGUGUGUCUACUGCUCGGAAUUCUCAUAAUAGCCAUGGAUCACUUUAUGCCGGAGAAACUAAGGGCCUUUUUCAUACUGAACGGGGAGGACGAUGAUCAGGAUGAGAUGAGACAUGGAAUAAUUAACAAUUAUUUCAAAGAUGAUUGUAUAGACACUAUAAUUUUAAAGGACACAAAAAGUAGUUUCGAAAACAAGGACUUUGUUGUUUAUACCUAAUGUCGAUCAUUCCACUGGACUGAGAGGUUUGGGAAGGCAGUGCCAACCUAGUCCACUCAGCAACAUUUGUCGGGCUUCGAGAAUGUAACGCUGCACUUGAUUGAACAAAUCGAAAGGACCUUUUCCGUUUUUAUUUGUGAACUUUUAGCCAAGUGUACAAUUACCCAGGACUGCUCCAGUGCGAAGUGGGGCCUGAGUUUGAACUCCUCGAGGGGGAGUUUUACGACCCAUGGACUUAAAACCAAAUGCGAGCUACGUUUCUUCAGCGUCCUGUCCCAGACUGGUUGUCGAUGCCAAGCCUGGAUCUUGACUGUGCUAACAGGACAAAUCAUUGACAUUGUGACUCGUUCGUUGAGACACAACUUCACGUUGAACAUGUGUGGCAUGCCAAAGGCUAUAUUGAGCGGUAGAUAUAGAGCCACUGCAGUUUAUUGAUUAAUGUUGUGCUUAUUUAUGAACACUUUGGCGGGCAUUUUUGAAUCGGAAGUAAGUGGUCAAAAAGGUGUCUUUUAAUCUUAGAUUUAAGCAUUAGACGACGUGCGUGUUUAUCGUGUUUAAAUUAUUCACUUUUCGCAAUAUUAUUAUUUCUCAAAACUUCAAUCUUCGAUUGUGUGGAUAUACAUUUUGACACAAGGUCUAUCAUUUAGUGCACUGACUGACUGAUUUCCAACAGUAACAGAAGCCUGCCAUGUUGGGUUAGUAA